AUGAAUCCUGGCUUCUUUGUCAUCAUUUUGCUUCGCCUUUCCUUGGCCACCGCCGUCAACUUCACGCAAGUCUUCGAGUGGCCCGAUGGAAUGGACUACGAGUGGCCUUCCGAGGAGAGCAGGACACAGGCCUUGAAAGAUGGAACUUUCAAACCAGUGAAAAUUGUACCUCUUUUCAUGGCUAUCUACGGAACAAGGAUCUUCCUCAGUCUCGAGAAAUACAAUGUUGGCAUUCCGGUGACUCUGGUGUCUUUGCCGACGAGCAGCGAGUCCUCUGCACCCCCGAAGCUCACUCCAUUCCCUUCGUGGAACAUACAUAAAAAAUAUGAUGACUGCAACAAUAUUGACCGAGCAACAGGGCUGGAAGUGGACUCCGUUGGAAGGCUGUGGGUGCUUGAUGACGGUAUUAACGACGAUUGCAACACCAAACUAUGGAUUUUUGACUUGUCCAACAACGACCAUACCAUUCUCAUUCAUCAUUUUCCUUUUCACUACAACAUUCACGACUUGGUGCUUGACGAAACGCCUAACGGACAUUACGCCUACAUCGCGCGGUGGGGGGAGCAACACAUUGUCGUGUUUAGUUUGGAAAGAGAAGAAUCUUGGAUUGUGGAAACUCCAGGAAUGAACGUUUUUUCCAUUGCCCUGUCUCCUAAGGAGGAAGCGAGACAACUCUACUUCAGCAAAUACAUCUCCACUGAACUAUAUUCAAUUCCAAUUCCCGAAAAUCCCCACGAAACUCAAACUGCAAAUCCGAAACUAAUCGGAAAUUGGAAAGCGAGACCGUACAGAAUUCUGAUGGACAACCACGGAACCAUCGGACGUUUCACAGGAAAAGGGAAAACUGACAAGUCUACCAACUCUGUUUUGAUCGGCUCGCUCGCCUUCCUCUUGGUCUUGAGCUGCUUUGUCAUGCUCUGGCUCUCCCUGAGGACGAGAAAUUCGAUACCUUACAAAGAGCAGUGCGACGACGGAGUCGCCAUGGAAAUUACCACCAUCCGGAAUUCUGUUUCCUUGGAUAAUAUGGUGGACGUGGACGAGGGAAUCGAAAAUGUUUUGUACAGAGUCUUCACGGCCAUUUCAGAUGUUUUUUAA